AUGGGAAAGAGUGGCGCUGGUAAAGCUUCGAUGAGGUCUAUUAUUUUCAACAAACACCCUUCAAAUAUUCAAGCAUCCCCUUCUAUCGCAUCGCCAUCUCCAUCGCAGUCGCAUGCGCAGUCACACUCCCACCCACUCGAGCUGCUCAACUCACUCAGUCUGCUUAUCUGUGAUUCAGGGGGAAGCGGGAGUGGGAGUGACACACACCUGUACCAUAACGUCAGUGUUCUCAUCUACGUAUUCGACAUCACCACUCCCCCAUCCGCUGCAUCCCAAGAGCUCGACUGGUUUAUACAAAGUCUACAGUGUUUGAAAGACAGCGACACCAAUUCCGACACCCCGCUCAGAUUGUUCAUCCUCAUUAACAAAACAGAUCUUAUCGCCAAACACGACGCUUGUUUAGUGUAUAGCAGACGCAAGGCUGAAAUUCUUCACUCCCUUCAGCCACUCUUCGACACAGGAAGAGGUACACCGGGCAUACACACGGAAUGCUACAUGACUAGCAUAUGGGAUCAGUCGCUGUACAAGGCGUGGUCUAAGAUAGUUACCAAGUUGCUGCCGUCGUCGGGCAAGAUGAGCAGUGCAUUGGCGCACUUCGCUAGUACCACACACGCUGCUGAGGUGGUGCUGUUUGAGAGGAGCACUUUUCUCGUCAUUGGGAAGACGACACUGCGCAAGGACGGCGAGGAGUGGGAUUUAGAGGGUGGUGAUGAGUGGGAGUGUGAAUGUGAGUGCGAUUGCGAUUGUGAGCAGGAGCGAGAGCAGGAGCAUCACCAGCAUCACCACUCCCACCCCAACCAAUACACUCACAUACCCACCCGGAAUCUCACAAUAUCCAGGCACAGAUUCGAGCAGAUAUCGCAACUUAUCAAGGCAUUCAAGCAGUCGUGCGCCAAGCUCAACAACCAAUUCAACUCAAUGCAACUGACGGAGAUGGACUACAACGCGGUACUCGAACCGCUCACUAUCAACACAUACAUACUAGUGAUAACGGAGAAUAUCGAUAUACCACCAUCUGCUAUACAGAUGAACAUACGCUUAGCCAAGCCCUAUUUCGAGAGAGUGGAGAAUACCUACAUAGGGAGUGAGGUAUGA